UAAUUUUAAUUAAAAGACUAAAAUACCCAUAACAGCUUCUUCACUCCUGACCUCACCUGCUUCUUUCCAAAUGGCCACUUCGGCAUUCAGCUUCUUCACUCCUUAUUUGCACUGCUGCUUGCAUGAAAUCAAAUACAGAAGAAGAAGAAGAAGGAGGAGGAAAAGAAGAUCGGGAAGAAGAAGAUCGAGAAGAAGAAGAAGAAGAAAAAGAAGAAGAAAAACCUUUAUAUCUCUGAAAUGGACAAGUGUUUUAACUCUUUGCUGUGACAAAUUCAUGUUAGCUAGUGACUUUGUCAUUGGUGGAGUUGUGGACUAGUGAUUAUUUAUGUGAUCUCUGUUGUGUAAUCUUCUAUUUGGUGCCUUCAAACUUUUUGUUUUUGAUGUUCAAUGGAUUUGCAAUCAUUGCUGCCCUUUGAGCAUGUCAAAUUAGAGAAUGUGCAGUUGUUUUUAAGCUAUUCCUUUAUGUCUUUAUGCUGUUAAUUUUAUUAAUGAUGUUUAUGGCUUAUAUUUUUGCAGGAUUUUUUGAGCGAUUUCGUGGAAUUCUUCAUGAAGGAGAAAUUGACAAGCGGGUGCAGUUUUUGAUUGAAGGCCUUUUUGCCAUUAGAAAAGCCAAAUUUCAGGGGUACCCUGCUGUACGUCAAGAGCUGGACCUUGUAGAGCAGGAAGACCAGUUAACACAUGAGAUAUCACUCCAGGAGGACAUAGAUCCCAAGAUCACUCUUGAUAUUUUCAAGCCAGAUCCUAAUUUCCUUGAAAAUGAGAAGCGCUAUGAAGAAUUAAGGAAAAACAUCCUUGGUGAGGAGUCUGCGGAUGAAGAAGGUUCUGAUGCAGCUUCAGGUGAUGAGGAUGAUGAUGAGGAGGAGGAUGACGACGACGAUGAAACUGAAACUAAUCUUGUAAAUCUUCGGAGGACAAUUUAG